UGUAGUUUUGGCUCCAACUUCCAAGGGUUUAAAGCUCCCCAAUAUGCCUACCACCUACUACUUCCCUUAAUCGACAUGAAACCCAAAUUGUGCAGAUACCCUCUUUCUCAAUUCAUACAAAGGACACUUCACACUUCAAGUCCGAUUGAAACCCAGAAAGCUAAUGCCCAUCUUCUUGGACAUGCAAGGACCUCUGAGGCAAUGUUGAAUGCCCACCAAGUGUUCGACGAAACGCCUGACUUAAACGUGGUGUCGGCCACAACGAUAAUAGGUAGCUUUGCUCGGCAGCACCAAUAUGAAGAAGCUGUAUACCUGUUUUCCAGGAUGCUUGUGUUGAAUGUUCGACCCAAUGAGUACACAUUUGGCACUGUCAUUCACUCGUCGACUGCGCUUGGAGAUUUGAAUAUUGGCAAGCAACUUCAUGCAUUUGCAACAAAGAUGGGUUUGCAUUCAAAUGUGUUUGUGGGGAGUGCAAUGUUGGAUCUUUAUGCCAAGCUGAGCAGUCUUCAGGAUGCUCGAAGAGCUUUUGAAGAUACUCAGAAGCCGAAUGUGGUUUCCUACACUGCAUUGAUAUGUGCUUAUCUGAAAAAGGAGAUGCUUCAAGAUGCUCAGGAGCUUUUUCGAGUGAUGCCACAGAGGAAUGUGGUUUCAUGGAAUGCUAUGAUUGGCGGGUAUAGCCAAACAGGCCACAAUGAAGAAGCUGUGAAUCUUUUCAUUGAGAUGCUUCGAAAUGGAUUGGUGCCGAGUCAAUCUACUUUUCCUUGUGCAAUAAUUGCAGCUGCUAAUAUAGCAGCGCUAGGAAUUGGCAGAAGCUUUCAUGCCUGUGCUGUCAAAGCUUUGGGUGAGUUUGAUGUGUUUAUUAGCAAUUCUCUGAUAAGCUUUUAUGCGAAAUGUGGGAGCACGGAAGAUAGUCUCUUGGUGUUUGAAAGACAUAGGGGAAGAAAUAUUGUUUCUUGGAAUGCCGUGAUCUGUGGUUAUGCUCAAAAUGGUAAAGGCGAGGAAGCCAUAAUCUUUUACGAAAAGAUGAGGGUCUCAGAUUGUAAACCGAACAGUGUUACACUUCUCGGGUUAUUGUGGGCUUGUAAUCAUGCUGGACUUGUUGACAAGGGCUACUCAUAUUUUAACCAGGCAAGAAUGAAGGACGCUGGCCUCCUAAAGCCUGAGCAUUAUGCUUGUAUGGUUGAUAUGCUCUCGCGCUCAGGGUGUUUCCGACAAGCUAAGGAGUUCAUUAGUGAUUUGCCUUUUGAACCAGGUAUAGGGUUUUGGAAGGCAUUGCUUGGUGGCUGCCAAAUCCACUCCAAUAUGGAAUUGGGGGAGUUUGCUGCAAGAAAAAUCCUGGCUUUGGAUCCUGAAGAUGUGUCAUCUUAUGUUAUGAUCUCUAAUGCACACUCUGCAGCUGGAAGGUGGCAUAGUGUGUCAACAAUAAGGAGAGAAAUGAAAGACAAAGGGAUGAAGAGAAUUCCAGGUUGCAGUUGGAUAGAAAUCAGAAGCAAAGUACAUGUAUUUACCACUGCCGAUAAGAAUCAUCUCCAGAUGGAUGAAAUCUAUACUGUGUUAGAAAUUCUGUAUAGAGCAUUUGAGGGAGAAUGAAUCAAGAGGGAAAAAAAGUUGCCUCUGAUGAUAUCUAUUUAUCAAUUUUCUCUACUGCACCAACAUUUAGCUGGAGUCAGUUUUAAGCUAAAUGAGCUUCUGUGCAAGCAAGUUGAGGAAGC